CGCCAUUUUGAUUCUCCCCAUUUCCUUUGGGCACGCUGUGUACGUAUCUUGGUGGAGGGAGUGUAGCUAGCUAGUUUUUGCUUUUCUAGAGGGUGGGUUACACGUUUCUGUCAAGCACUCUCCGCGCCAUUGGUUAAACAUCAUUGACAAGGAAGACGGAGAUAUCGUUUGGUCUCAGAUUAGGACGCUGUUCAGACUGAGGGACUUCAGAGGAACAUGGCGACCCAGUCUGAUCUGAUGGAGCUGGACAUGGCCAUGGAGCCGGACCGCAAGGCGGCGGUGAGCCACUGGCAGCAGCAGUCCUACCUGGACUCGGGGAUCCACUCCGGGGCCACCACCACCGCCCCGUCCCUCAGCGGCAAGGGCAACCCCGAGGAGGAGGACGUGGACAACCAGGUGCUGUACGAGUGGGAGCAGGGCUUCUCCCAGCCCUUCAGCCAGGACCAGGUGACGGACAUCGAUGGGCAGUACGCCAUGACCCGAGCGCAGAGGGUGCGGGCGGCCAUGUUCCCGGAGACCCUGGACGAGGGCAUGCAGAUCCCCUCCACGCAGUUCGACGGGGCGCACCCCACCAACGUCCAGCGCCUGGCCGAGCCGUCCCAGAUGCUCAAGCACGCCGUGGUCAACCUGAUCAACUACCAGGACGACGCCGAGCUGGCCACCCGCGCCAUCCCCGAGCUGACCAAACUCCUCAACGACGAGGACCAGGUGGUGGUGAACAAGGCGGCGGUGAUGGUGCACCAGCUGUCCAAGAAGGAGGCUUCGCGGCACGCCAUCAUGCGCUCGCCGCAGAUGGUGUCGGCCAUCGUGCGCACCAUGCAGAACACCAACGACGUGGAGACGGCCCGCUGCACCGCCGGCACGCUGCACAACCUGUCCCACCACCGCGAGGGCCUGCUCGCCAUCUUCAAGUCCGGCGGCAUCCCCGCCCUGGUCAAAAUGCUGGGGUCUCCAGUGGACUCGGUGCUGUUCUACGCCAUCACCACCCUCCACAACCUGCUGCUGCACCAGGAGGGAGCCAAGAUGGCCGUGCGCCUGGCAGGGGGCCUGCAGAAAAUGGUGGCCCUGCUCAACAAGACCAACGUCAAAUUCCUGGCCAUCACCACGGACUGUCUGCAGAUCCUGGCCUACGGAAACCAGGAGAGCAAACUCAUCAUCCUGGCCAGCGGUGGACCCCAGGCCCUGGUCAACAUCAUGAGGACCUACACGUACGAGAAGCUCCUGUGGACCACCAGCCGAGUGCUCAAAGUGCUGUCUGUGUGCUCCAGUAACAAGCCUGCCAUCGUAGAGGCCGGUGGAAUGCAGGCAUUAGGUCUGCACCUCACAGACCCCAGCCAGCGUCUAGUCCAGAACUGCCUGUGGACCCUCAGAAACCUGUCAGACGCUGCCACCAAGCAGGAGGGCAUGGAGGGGCUGCUGGGCACGCUGGUGCAGCUGCUGGGCUCGGACGACAUCAACGUGGUGACGUGCGCGGCGGGCAUCCUGUCCAACCUCACCUGCAACAACUACAAGAACAAGAUGAUGGUGUGCCAGGUGGGCGGCAUCGAGGCGCUGGUGCGCACCGUGCUCCGCGCCGGCGACCGCGAGGACAUCACCGAGCCCGCCGUCUGCGCCCUGCGCCACCUCACCAGCCGCCACCAGGACGCCGAGAUGGCCCAGAACGCCGUGCGGCUGCACUACGGCCUGCCCGUGGUGGUCAAGCUCCUGCACCCGCCCUCGCACUGGCCCCUCAUAAGGUGCAGGUGUGACUACGCGGUUGAGUAUAAGACACGGCUGAAAGUCUCUCUGUCACUGACCCGCGCUAUCGUUUCCCAGGCGACCGUGGGCUUGAUCAGGAACCUGGCGCUGUGCCCGGCUAACCACGCCCCCCUGCGGGAGCAGGGCGCCAUCCCCAGGCUGGUGCAGCUGCUGGUGAGGGCGCACCAGGACACGCAGAGACGCACCUCCAUGGGCGGCACGCAGCAGCAGUUUGUGGAGGGGGUCCGCAUGGAGGAGAUCGUGGAGGGCUGCACGGGGGCGCUGCACAUCCUGGCCCGGGACGUCCACAACAGGAUCGUCAUCCGAGGCCUCAACACCAUCCCGCUCUUCGUGCAGCUGCUGUACUCGCCCAUCGAGAACAUCCAGCGCGUGGCGGCCGGCGUGCUGUGUGAGCUGGCCCAGGACAAGGAGGCGGCCGAGGCCAUCGAGGCGGAGGGGGCCACCGCGCCGCUCACAGAGCUGCUGCACUCCAGGAACGAGGGCGUGGCCACGUACGCCGCCGCCGUGCUCUUCCGCAUGUCCGAGGACAAGCCCCAGGACUACAAGAAGCGCCUCUCCGUGGAGCUCACUAGCUCCCUCUUCAGGACGGAGCCCAUGACCUGGAACGAGACUGGAGAUCUGGGCCUGGACAUUGGCGCACAGGGAGAGCCGCUGGGAUACCGACCGGACGACCCCAGCUACCGGUCCUUCCACUCGGGCGGGUACGGCCAGGAGGGCAUGGGCCUGGAGCCCAUGAUGGACCACGACAUGGGCGGCCAUCACCCCGGCGCAGAGUACCCGGUCGAUGGCCUGCCCGACCUGGGACACGCCCAAGACCUGAUCGAGGGGCUGCCCCCAGGGGACAGCAAUCAGUUGGCCUGGUUUGAUACCGAUCUGUAAAUAUCUACUUUUUAGCUGUAUCGUCUGAAUGAACCUGCGUUGUGAUUGGCCGGUAGAGUUGCAGAGCGUUCUGGAGAGGGGGGGUGGGCUGGUAUCUCGGAAAGUGCCUGACACACUAACACAAGCUGAGUUUCCUAUGGGAACAAGUUGAAGUAAAACUUUUUGUUCUGGUUCCUGUUGGUCGGCGAUAAAACUGCGAAGGAAAUCUUGGAGCGGAUACAUAAAGGAAGAAUGCACAAGAGGAGGAUCUAAAGGUGGAAUCUCAAACCCUAGCCUUGCCUGUCUAUUUUUUAUUACAUUUUAUUUUUAUGAUUCUUCAAUCACUGUAAUGGUACAGAUCUUAGCUUGCUUUGAGAUGAUACUCUAGUCUUUUUUUCUCUUUUGCAGUAAUUUGUAUUCCUUUUAAGUCUCUCGUAGUGUUAAGUUAUAGUGCUAAUGCUCCAUCAGUUUCUAAAUUUUAAUCAAUGGUGUAGAACACUAAUAAUCGGUUGAACUGUAUUCUGAAUAAAGUGUAACAUUGUGUAGCUUUUGUAUAAAACCCAGAAUUGGAAAAGGUCCAAUAUUUUAAAUGAUGAAGUGGAAACUUGUUUCCUGUUUCAUCUGUGAUCCAAAAGGUUGGGGUGGGGGAGGGUGCAUCAUUUGGGUGAGGGUUGAAAUUAUAAUUUUUAUUUUAUUCUUUCUUUUUGCAAUUAAAGGUAGUUGAGAAACCCUUGAGUUGUAGCCUGCUGUGCUUAUUGGAAACAUGGUUAUGACAUGGCUAAACAAUAAAAUGGACUUUUAUUUCA